GGUUUCACAAUUUAAUACCAUCGGGUUCGAUAUUCAAUGUAUCCGGGAAGUGCUGCACAGAAUGGAUUCCUCAGACGCAGGACCUGAUAAAAGACCAGCUAUUCAUAUUGGAAUUCUUACAGUGAGUGACAGAUGCUUCAGAAAUGAGGCCAUUGAUGAGAGCAGUAAAAACCUGUAUACAUUGAUUCAGGACAAACGCAUACUGCAGGGAAAUGUGGUGGUCACCAAAAUCGUUCCAGAUGAAGGUGAUCAAAUUAAAUCUACGCUGGUUGAGUGGAGUGACCAGCGAGGACUGAGCCUCAUUCUGACGACAGGAGGUACCGGCUUCUCACCCAGGGAUGUCACCCCGGAGGCCACUAAGGCUGUCCUUGAGAAGGAAGCCCUCGGAAUGACCUUGGCAAUGCUUAAACAAUCCUUGGAGGUCACACCUCUGGCCAUGUUAUCGAGGUUGGUGUGUGGGAUACGUGGACGUACCCUCAUCAUCAACUUACCCGGCAGUGUCAAGGCCUCUGAGGAGUGUUUGAGAUUUGUCUGUCCAGGAAUCCCGCAUGCUAUUGAUCUUUUGAAAGACAAGACGGAGGAAAUUCAGACUACCCAUUCAUCCUUGCAGUCGAGAGGCGUGGAAAUACCUACCUCAGUGCAGGAGAAAGGCAAAACAAUUGGUAUUUGUCGGCGAGAGGUGGAAAAAUACUUGGAUAGCCACGUCCUCCAUAAAAUUCGGAAAACGCCAUUUUACCGAAACCGCCCCAAAAGAAAACUUCAUUACUCUCCCAGGUCCAAGACGAUCUCGGUUAUCCGGCUGGACAGAGAGGACACAUUGACCACGGAGCUAUCCAAUCAGCGCGACUCGUACGCCCCCGCUGAAGACUUAAGCCGUAAUGUUUUUGCUAUGGAGACGGCGACUACCGAGGGUUCUGCGACGGAAGAGAAAGACCAAAACCGAGUAAAACAGGACCAACAACCGGAAACAAAUAACCCGCAAAUUACUCUGCCCGAGCGCCCCCUUUCAUCUCUUGGUUCUUUGAAAAGUUUAGAUUUAUCUGGAAGUCUUCCGGAUUUGACAAAUGACGAGUUUCUUACCGCUGGACCCCCAAGUGUUCAAAGUAUACGUGUAGAAAGUCCGACAGCCAGUUUAGUUAACGGGAAAACCGGAAAUCGGGACGCUAGCAUCACCAUGUUAGAGAGGCCAGUUCCACCCUCGUUUGCUCUACCGAAGAAUGCAGCCUCAGAAGAUCCCGGAAAUGUAGCCCAAAGAAUUAUGGGUAAAGACAUAUCAUCGUGCUUUGAACCCAUAGAGAAGCUUCAUAUGAAUUUUGAAUCUGAUUCUGAUGAAGACAUAGAUAUCUCGUCUACAAAAGAUCAUUCUGAUGGGGAGUCGACGAUUCCAUAUGCAGAAGACAGCGAUGUCGACGUCACAUUCGAUGACAAUGAUACUCCGUCGAGCAACGCGAACGAUGAUAAUGUGUACGAUUUUGACAAGGAGGCCAAGUUGAUGAGUCCACCAGCAGGCAAGAAGGUCAAAAAAAGUUUCGCUCAGGCACGAAGAAUCCGCAAGCGUUUGGACGAAAGGUGCGGGUUUCUUGGCGCCAAACUGCACAAAACGUCAAUGUUUGGUGAAGUUAACUUUGUUGAAGUGGGAUUGAAAGUUCACGAUUUCUUAAAAGAUCAUCCAUUGAUACAGGGCAUCUAUCUGAACAAAGGUAAAAGGGCCAUUAAGAAAAACUAUGUCACAUUGUGCCGUCAAAAAUCCGUAAAAGACAGUGGGAGGUUGACAUGGAAACGAGGCACACAGGACCAGGGGCGGAACCGCGUUGACGACUACUUUGAGUACACGGAGGAAGGUCGGGCACGGAAAUCCAUGAUAGACCGGAAGUUUGUGCGUGAUGAGUAUGUCGUAAGCUGGUACAUGUGGUGUCCAGGGCACGGCAACUGUAUACGGAAGUGUGGAGGGCGUGGCAAGUGUAUCUCAGGAUGCCAAGGCAUGGAGCACAAACAGGACCGACACAAUUGUAAGGUAAUGCUGAUAUUUAAGCUCUACCUCAGUGACCUCACUAAAUGGCGAGUACAGAUCACGGGGCUCCACGUUCCCAAGGGAACGGUAUGGCACCCGCCCAAUUCAGAUGAGAAGUCGCUCAAUGCAGAUCUAGGGGCAGAGGAACACAAGGAAUCCAGACAAAUCAGACCCCAGAACCGCACCGACAUUAACCAACCGGCUCAACAGGCGGAAAAUGAGCUCAUUCAUCAGUCAUCUUAUUUGUGUAUCGCAAGUAAUGAUCCGAAAACGGAAGUUAAUGUAGUUGAUAUAAGCUUACAGACGGCCAAUGCUGUCACCUCCGAUUCUUUAAGCGGGAACAGAACCAAUGACGAUUCGUUGGCAGGCUUUCCGGAAAGCUCUACUCCAAGUUUAAUUUUUUCGCCAAGCUUGCUACCCGAGCCACUUACUGACGCCGAAGCAGCGAACCUGAAGAUAAUUGAGUGGAUAUCGGAGUCAACCGGAAGUGAUGCAGCAAUCCCAAGAUUGCCGACCUUUGAUCUGUGAUGAGUUGAUAUUAUUGAAACCGAUGCUAGUCUUACUUAUAUUAAGUGUCAUUAUUCUCAGCUCUUAUAUAUUUUUAUUUGUAUUUUAACAGCUGAAUGCAUGUCUGUGUGUUUGAAAACUGUAAUGUUGAUGUGUGCGAGUAUGGUUUACUUAUUUUGCAUCCUAUGCAUCUCGAUUAUCUUAGAACAUGCAAUGUUUUUUUUUUUUUGGUUAGUUUGGAGUAGUUAAAGACAGAACACAUUGUAAGGUUAUAUUGCCUUCCUAAUAUUACCUAAAUCUGAUGAUUUUAUUGCCGUGCCUUCAUGGAUAAUACAAGCCUCGCGGGUCAUAAACUUAACUCCUUAAACACCUUGUGCAUAUUACAAAAUGAGGACGAAAAACAGGUUAGCGGCAGUGACUUUUAUCAUCGCAUCUACCGUAGGCAGUUUGUAAAACGUAGGCAGGUUAUAUUCUUAUCACAUGGUUCGUGUUCAAAUUUUAUUAAAAGGAAAUAUAGGAUUUCAAUUGCUUAUACCAGAUAUCCCCUGUUAAUGCUGGUUAAAAGUAGUUGUACUUUUAUAGAGAACAUUUUCAGGUAUAUUGCAUGUUACUCGAUCGUUUCCAAUGUUUGGGGUGAAACUUAAGGAGAACUUUAAGGUUGAAAGUCCAAAUGAUAGUACUGAGAGUUUUCUGACUUGUAUAACAAACUUCACUGUGUUAGUCUGACCAAAAACCAGCCAAGGACUCUUAUUCGUCAAUUGUCAGCCCAGAUUGAAAAUUCUAAAUUGUCAUUCAGAAAAAGACACCAAGCUACCUCUCUUAUGUGGUAUUUAUUUUGAUAAAUACAUUCCCGGUUUAUACUUAGAACUUCUCGUACCUUACUAGCCUGGUGAAAAUCAUUUCAACAAGAAGAGAGAUAGUUUCCUGUGUUGUACGUGUUUAAUGUUUUUAUUUUUAGUUAUGUUUACAUGUUUACACGUGUCUGUCUCCUUUACAAUGAUGUAGCAAUGAUCGUUAAUGACUGAUGACAGUGACUCUGCAUUAGACUCAGUGAACGCACCAGCUUGCAGUCCCGGUGUGGCGUCUUACUGGGUUGAGCUCGCCGUUCGUAAUCUAUAUAUACACCUCUGUGCCAUAAUUUAUACACCAUCAAUUUAUUAUGAUAAAUGUGAUAUAAUUUGUACGUUUUCCGGUGAAUAAAUCGCAUCUGAUUCUUCA